CUGUGGAAAAAUUCUAAUUUCUCAAGAUAUUCAAAAACAUAACCUCUCUUCGAGCGUGCGCUUUGUAAUCCAUUUAAAUGUCAAGCAAGACAGUAAUGGAUUUGGAAUAAAACAUUAAUGAUGGAGGAGGACAGAUUAGUCAAAAAAAAGACACGAGCCAAGCGAGAUGGGGACGUUCACAUGUUGGCGGAGGUCCUUAAAGACCUCGGGGAUCUCUACUUUGAAUCAGGUCGAUUAAAUGAGGCCUUACAAGAAUAUCAGGAACAACUGGAAGUCUGCGAAAUGUUGGAAGACAAACUAAGCUGCGCCGUGGCGCACAGAAUGAUCGGGGAAGCCUAUGCUAGCCUUGGAGAAUACGAACAGGCCCUAGCGCACCAAAAUCUCCACCUUGAGGGAGCACACGAGGUUGAGAAUCUCCUCGAGGAGCAGCGUGCCUAUGCUACGCUGGGACGGACAUACUUUUGUCUGGCCGAAGCUCUGCCAGAGAAUUCGCCAAAGCGAGACAAAGCUCUUGCCGAUGCCAAGAAGGCCUACAGCAAGAGCAUACGCCUUUGUAAUAAACUGGACAAUACAAAUAUUAAGCUGGAGGAGAUGAUGACAAUGCGAGCUCGCCUGCUCUUGAAUCUGGGCCUUGUCCUCGAGGCUCAGGGCGAGCCACAAGAAGGUGUGGACCUCAUCGAGAAGUCUGCAGAACUCUGCACGAAGCACAAACUCACCGAAGAUCUGCAUCGCACUCACAUUGCCCUGGGUGCUCUUCACGAGAGGCAAGGAAAUUUUAACUUGGCCCUGGAACAUCUCGAUAAGGCUUCGCAAGUCAUCAGUUUGUCGAUGAAGACCGAAGCCCUCAUGGCCAAGGCUGAAUUGUUAUCAAGGAUUGGAGACUGGUCUUUGGCACGAAAAGUCUUAGUUAAUCUCUACUCGAUGAAGGGGAUCCCUCGGGACACUCAACGACAGGUUGAAAAAUUGCUAAGAAUCGUGGUGACAGUUCAGAGCACCGAGGAGGAUGUAACGAUGGAGACUGAUCCAAAAACCAGGCAGAAGCUUUGUGAAAAAUUAGGUGAUAUAAGUGUAGCUAUUAAAAGUUACGAAAGGGCAAUCGAGUACUAUCAAGAGAUGCUUAAUUGUGCUGAGGAGACGAAAGAGGAGAUAAGUGCUGCUCUAGUAAGUCUUGCGCAGACUAUGCAAGAUGCUGGACGAAUCGAUGAAGCUUUGCCCUUCGCUCGCAGAGAAUUAGAGCUUUGUUCUGAUUCACGGGAGGCUUGUAGAUCCGCUCUCUUUCUUGCCAAUCUUUUGACAAGGAGCUCCAGCUUAGUUGACUCAGAAAUCAGAAGCACCUUUGACCUGGCCUCGUCAAAGGCACAGGAGUGCUCCGAUUCGAGCCUAGAGGCUUCGGUGCUGCGAGACCUUAUAAUCUAUCUGGAGAAAAUCGGCCAGUUGGACGAGGCGGAAAGAGUUAAGGAGAAACUGGACCGGCUGCCCAUAACUGUUAACGAAUCGGAGAGUGACUCGGAGCAGGAAAGUCCUGAUAUCGGAGCUGACAUCUGCCUCGAGGAUCUCCCCGAUGUCCAGGAGAGUUCUACAUCUACCAAGCGAAGGAACAAGUCGAAGGGCUCGAGUACUAGAACAGGCUUCGUAGUGAAGCGCAAUAACAAGGGAGAGUCUCAGCUUCACGUUGCCUGUAUCCAAGGGAACAUGAAAACAGUUGAGAGACUUCUCGCUGCAGGUCAUCCGACUAAUACAAGGGACUAUUGCGGUUGGACUCCACUGCACGAAGCUGUGAAUCAUGGAUUUACGGAAGUUGCAAAAUUACUACUGCAAGCUGGUGCUGACGUGAAUGAUCCAGGUGGACCGAUGUGUGGUGGAGUGACACCGUUGCACGAUGCUGCGGCCUGUGGAAAUUUUUCCUCGAUGAACCUAUUGAUUCAGCAUGGUGCCGAUGUAAAGCAGACAGCAGAGGAUGGAGAGACAGCACUCGAUUAUCUGGAGGCCUGGAGAAAGCGAGUCGACGAAUUGUCACCCAGUGAACAGCUGGACUACAACCAUGUACACCAAAAACUGUCAUCGAUGCUGCCUGCAAAUCUUCAAAGGAGUGGAAAGUCACCGGUUGUGUCUAGGGACUCGGACAGGGCUGAGAGUGACAGUGAUAGUGAUAUUAAGACCCCGAGGAAGAGAAUCUCCGCAGGAGAGGAUUAUAAGAGGACCAUUGAAAGUUUAAAGAAUCGAGCAAGUGUUAUGUCAGCUUCUGUUAAGCGGUCCUCUGCUCAGAAGGUGACAGCUCCACUGCUCGACUGUAAUCAAGUUACCGCAGAUGAGUGGCUGGAGGAUGACUUUGACAUUCCUGAAGUAAUCAACGAGUCUCCUGGUAGUGCAAAGAGAAAAUCGCAAAGUGAGAUUAAGGACCACGACAAGCAAUCUAAGCGGAGGAGAAUCAAUUCUAGUGAGAGUGUUGACCACAUCAUUGGAGAUUUGGAGAUAGUUGACAGUGAUAAUGACAUGCUGGAGACAACUGACAGCGCAGAGAGUUUUAGAAAGUCUAGAAGAAGACCGAAGCAGAUUUCUCUACUCACUGCUGGGUUUACAAGAGACUCAUCAACUCGCACUCCCUCACCUCAACUCGAAGAGGCUGCACCGGUGCAUCUUCUGCGUUUGGAAGUUAGAUUAGAGGAGAGGCUCCUCAAACUUACGAUGACAGGUUCGGAGAGAGAACCUGUGACUGUAGCAAAAGUCAUAAAUGAGGUUCAAAACACUUUUGAAAAAGACACUGGCUGUAAAACGACAUUAAGACUGAUAAAUGAACGCGUUUUGGAGCCUGCAACUGUUUUGAAGGGUUCACAGUCUGGCACUGAAACGCUGCAAUUAUCUGCUGAAGUAAUCGACAUGACUGUUCCACCAAUCAACGAAAGGUACGAGAUGAUCUGCAGAGCCAAUGGCAUUGGAAUACGUGACCAGUUAAUCGAUUGCUUAAAGGAGUGCGAAAGAUCAACGAUCUUUAGACUAAGACAUUGUGCGCUGCACGAUAGAGAGUUGUCGACUCUGCUGACUUGCCUUGAAUAUCAGAGCCAAGUUCAAGUCCUAGACAUGUCAAGAGCUGUACUGUUCCGCCAUGGAAAACUAAUAUCUCGGAUCGUGAGCAAGUGGUCUUCGUUACGGGAGCUGCAUCUAUAUUGCUGUGACCUUGAUCAUGAUGCUCUUAUGCAGUUCACGAGGCUACCUAUGCAGCUCGAAGUUCUAGACCUGAGUUACAAUCCUCUGGGCCCGGGGAGCAGUGCAAAACUUUACGAGUUGAUUUCUCCUUUGAGCCGGCUCAAAGAGCUCAACUUGUGCCACUGUGAAAUCGAUGAUUUUUCUUUUGACCUGUCGAUUGAGAGUCUAGUGUCAGUGAACGUGUCAUGGAACUCCAUGAGCGAGGCUGGAGUGUCUCGAUUUUUGCAACGAAAUCUACAUUACCUCAAUUUAUCAGGUGUCGAGGUUUCAAACGGUCUUUCAGUGGCUCAAGCAUUGUUUCGCAAUGUCAGAAUUAUCCCGGAGAGUUUGCAGUGCCUCGAAAUGGGGUUUUGCAACAUUUUAGACUCUGAUGUCGCUGAAGUCUUGUCACGAUAUCCUAAUCUCAAUCGGUUGGUGCUUACUGGGAACACAGGGUUAACUGUAAACUCAGUGCGCGCUGUUUUAAAUUAUAAACAUACACUUCGUUAUGUGGAUCUUGGUGGCUGUACUGAAGUGAACGAACUGCCUGAUCAAAAUCUCCUUGGAGAAGAGCCAGUGUUGUUAACGAUGACAGUCAGUAUUGCUCCGAGAGUUCUCGACUCAUGGAAAGCAUUGUGGCGAGGCUUGAAGUGUGUUCAUACGAUGAUUAAUAAUGUAGUUAUAUUUAAUCCUGACACGCAGACUCAAAGACGUGAAAAUUUUCAAUCCGAUCUAGGCAAGAGUUCGGGAUUUUCUCAACGAUGGCUUUGAAAUCUGAAUCUCUAACUUUGC